ACCUAAAAUUCGAGACCGGAAAUAAGAGAAUGUGUUCUAACUUCUAUGUAUCGUAGCAUAUUUCGGGAUUUCUGAACGAAUAAAUGUGUGUUUUAUUAUAUUUUUUUCUGACACAAUAAUUUUUUUUGCGAUGUCUAAUCAAAACAUAAUUGGACCCGCUUUUCCAGCGACGAUGGGAAAAAGCAAAAAUGAUGAUUCAGAUGAAGAAGCCGCAAUCAUAGGUCCAGCUUUACCUCCAAAGUAUAAAGCUUCAGAGUCCUCCAGCAGCUCAUGUGAAGACAGUGAUCAAGAGGAGGUCGUGUUCAAGAGAGCCAAAUACUCAUCAUCAUCUAGGAACCGGCAUUCCUCAAACAGCAGAGGCAACGUAAAAGAUGAGAUGGAUAUAAAGCAAGUCGAUGAGGAGGGUGAUGAUGAUGGUUUCUUUGGUCCAGCUCUUCCCCCGGGAUAUCAAAAGGGAGACAAAUCACCUGAAGGGCCACCUUUACUAGGACCUGCACUCCCUCCAGGAUUUAAAAAACAAGAUCAUGAUGAAGAUGAUGAUGAAGAUGCAAAAGAUGAUACCAGAGGGUUUUUAGGACCAGCUUUACCACCAGGAUAUCGAAAGCAAGACAGAUCUCCUGAACGUUUUUUCUCCUCUCCCUGCAGACCACCUGGAAUAAGACUUGCUCUACCUCCAGGAUUUAAAAGACAAGCUGCAGAUGAAGAUGAAGAGGAGGGAAAAGAAGACGCUAGAGGAAUUUUAGGACCAGCCCUACCACCAGGUUAUACACCAGCAGUGUCAAGCGGUGAAGAAGAAGAAGAAGAAGAUGAUUAUGUUGUUGGACCCAUGCCAUCAAAAGGACCGUCCCAGGACUGUGUGGCGUUGGACUUUGAAAGAAGAGCUCAAAGAAUGAAAGACAAACUUACAGGAGUGGAUACUGGCCCCAAAGUGCUCUCCAGAGAGAGCUGGAUGACAGAGCUGCCUCCUGAGUUGCAGCAUGUGGGCCUGGAAGCACGGACCUUUAAGAAAAGAUCAGGCCCUGAGAACAAAGACCGCUCAAUUUGGACUGACACUCCCGCUGACCGUGAGCGAAAAGUUAGGGAACGACAAGAGGCUAAGGAAAAAGGUGAAGUUGCCAAGGAUGAUGGACCUCGUCUGUCUCAGAAAGAGCUUGAGACGGCUGAAAAAGUUUCAAAAUAUAAUGAGUCCAAGCGUGGUGAAUCUCUCAUCAGUAUGCACACUAAAAAGAUGAAAAGAAAAGCUGAGGAGGAUGCUGACAAGCCUGUGGAAAGAAUACCUUUCGACAGAGACACGGACCUCCAAGUCAAUCGGUUUGAUGAGGCUCAGAAAAAAGCUUUGAUCAAGAAGUCACAAGAGCUGAACACCCGCUUUUCACACAGCAAAGACCGCAUGUUCCUAUGAGGGACAUUUAACAAAUCUAUCUCUUGUUGUCAAGGAGUAUUUUUUUUAUAAAACAUUGAGCUUUUGUUGACAGUUAUAUGGAAAAUUAGGAGGACUGACUGUUCCUCCAGAAUUUGCCUUUUUUUUUUUUUUAACAAUGUCUAAUAGUAAUAGAUAAUGCAUUAAACAUUUUGUAAUUUUGUGACUUCUAUAAGUUCUUAGGCUGUCGUUUUAUUAAUAGGUAAUGAAUACUUAAGUAUUAUUGUUUAUAUCCAGUGAAUUCCCCUGAAUUCUGUCAGUUUUAUGUUUUUGUCAUGUAUUGUUCACCAGAAUGCUUUCCUCAUAGAAUAUUCUAAGUUCAGGUCACAUGUACUUCACCCUAAAAAUAAAAGAAAGAAUUUGUAUUUUGCUUAAUGAAAAUUAAGACUGUUUUAGAACCUUGAAAACCUUUUGUUGUGUCAUAACACUUAAUCCCAAAUUAUUAUUACCUUAAUGAACUAAAGAUUCAAUUUAAAUUCUAAAAUAUUUAUAUCACUAGUUUUUUUGCUGUAUUUUGAUUCAUGCAGUUGGCAAAUUUACCAUUUAAAUCUAUUACAUCUUUCCUGUACAGUACACUAUUACUAUAUUAAUGCGAAUCGACAUUCAUAGUGAUGUUACAAUGCAAACAACCAUGUCCUAAUAUUAUUUUUUGUUGCCCCAUGUAAAAAUAAAUUUUAUAAUUUUUUUGCGAUAUAAUUUUAACCAUGUAAGUUUGAGGCUUUAAGGCUCAGCUGAAUUGUUUCUUGGAUGUUUUUAUGCGAUCAUAAAUGUAAAGUGUGAUUGUUUCUGUAAAUAAAUACCUAUUCUAUUC